AUGGAGACGACGCUGCCGCUUCCCUUCCUCAUCAGCGUCAAUGUCCCUCCGGGGCUCGGCGGCGAAAAGGAGGGCCUCAGCCGCGAGGAGGUGUCGUGUCUUGGUUGCGUCUUCUUCGAAGUUGCGCCACAAACCGUCGACAAGAUCCUGCGCUUCCUUGGGCGCCAUAACACCGAGUUCCAGCCCUUCUUCGACGUGACACGCCUCGAGUCCCGCGACGAUGUCGUCAACCUCCUCGACGCCGGCGCCCGCAAGGUCUUUGUUCGCCCCGAACAGCUGCCCGAUUUUGCCGAGUUUGGCUCCCGAGUUGCUACCGUCGUGGACGACAAUGGAGCAAGCCAGGUGUCUUCCGCUGCCACGGAGCACGGCUUGCUCGUCUCGGGCUUCGACCAAACAGCAUCUUCUGCAGUGCAAUCAAUCGAGGAGAUCAAGAACAAAAAGAUCGCGCCGCUCUUCAUCAAGCCUGUUGGAGGAACCGACUUGGAGAAAUUCAUUGCUUUCGCUGUCCAGUGCAAUGCCAUCCCCAUCCUGCCUUCGACAGGGCUGAGCAGCACGACGCAGGCCGGCAAGCUUGCUGUGCCCAAGAUCCUCGCCGCUACCUGGAAGUCAGACCGUGCGGACGGCUUGAUUCCCACUGUCGUUGUCGACGAGCAUGACACGGCGCUCGGCCUGGUGUACAGCAGUGAGGAGAGCGUCGGGGAGGCACUCAAGACCCAGACAGGUGUCUACCAGAGCCGGAAGCGCGGCUUAUGGUACAAGGGGGCAACGUCCGGCGACACACAGGAGCUGGUCCGGAUAUCGUUGGACUGCGACAACGACGCCCUCAAGUUCGUCGUCAGGCAAAAGGGGCGCUUCUGCCACCUGGAACAGUCGGGUUGCUUUGGGGACUUGAAGGGUAUUGCCAAACUGGAGAAGACGCUCCUGUCGAGGAAGCAGUCAGCGCCAGCAGGUUCCUACACUGCUCGCCUCUUCUCUGAUGAGAAGCUGCUGCGAGCCAAAAUCAUGGAGGAGGCCGAGGAGCUCUGCGACGCAAAGACGCCAGAAGAGGUGGCUUUUGAGGCCGCAGAUCUCAUAUACUUUGCCCUGACAAGGACCGUGAGCGCCGGCGUCACUCUCGCUGAUAUUGAGAGGAGCCUCGACGCCAAGAGCUACAAGGUCAAGCGCAGGACAGGAGAUGCCAAGGGGAAGUGGGCGGAGAAGGAGGGUAUCAAGCCUGCGGCGAGUGUAGCCGCCUCGGCGCCAGUCAAGGAGACACCCAAGGAGGCGGCGUCCGAGAAAAUUACCAUGAAGGUCUACGACAUGGCUAACACUUCAACGGAGCAGCUUGAUGAAGCUCUGAAGCGGCCCUCACAAAAGUCGUCGGAGGCCAUCAUGAAGAUCAUUACGCCCAUCAUCGACGACGUUCGGAAGAACGGCGACAAGGCCGUUCUCGCAUACACUCACAAGUUCGAGAAGGCGACCUCACUGACGUCGCCCGUCCUCAAGGCACCGUUCCCAGAGUCUCUCAUGCAGCUGCCUGCCGAGACCAUCAAGGCGAUUGACGUAUCUUUUGAGAACAUCCGCAAGUUCCAUGCAGCCCAGAAGGAGGAGAAGCCGCUGCAGGUGGAAACCAUGCCUGGUGUUGUUUGCGGCCGGUUCUCGAGACCAAUUGAAGCCGUGGGUCUUUAUGUUCCUGGUGGUACUGCCGUCCUUCCCAGCACGGCGCUCAUGCUCGGUGUCCCCGCCAUGGUCGCUGGUUGCAAGAAGAUCGUCCUCGCAUCGCCACCGCGUUCGGACGGUACCGUCACCCCCGAGAUCGUGUACGUGGCCCACAAGGUCGGUGCUGAAUCUAUCGUCCUGGCGGGUGGCGCCCAGGCCGUUGCGGCCAUGGCGUACGGCACCGAGAGCGUGACCAAGGUGGACAAGAUCCUUGGCCCUGGCAACCAAUUUGUCACGGCAGCCAAGAUGUACGUCAGCAACGACACCAACGCUGGCGUGAGCAUCGACAUGCCAGCCGGUCCGUCCGAGGUGCUCGUCAUUGCCGACAAAGACGCCAAUCCGGCGUUUGUCGCCUCGGAUCUCCUGUCGCAGGCGGAGCAUGGCGUCGAUAGCCAGGUGGUCCUAAUUGCGGUGAACCUCACCAAUGCCCAGCUGGCGGCCAUUGAGGACGAGGUCCACCGGCAGGCUAUGGAGCUUCCUCGGGUGGACAUCGUGCGUGGCUCGAUCGCCCACUCUCUGACAGUGCGUGUCAAGACGGUGGACGAGGCGAUGGAGAUCAGCAACAAGUACGCGCCCGAGCAUCUGAUUCUCCAGCUCAAGGACGCCGGGGAGGCGGUGGAUAAGGUCAUGAACGCCGGGAGCGUGUUUAUCGGCGAGUGGACUCCCGAGAGCGUGGGAGACUACUCUGCUGGUGUCAACCACUCACUGCCGACGUACGGCUAUGCCAAGCAAUACUCGGGCGUCAAUCUUGCGUCCUUUGUCAAGCACAUCACUAGCUCGAACCUGACGGCCGAAGGCCUCCGGAAUGUGGGCGAGGCGGUGAUGCAGCUUGCCAAGGUGGAGGAGCUCGAGGCUCACAGGAGGGCUGUCAGCAUCCGGCUGGAGCACAUGAGCCGGUGA